UUGUCUCUUGCACAUCAUCCGUCGUGUCACCACUCGUUUUUUUUUACAUUUUUUUUUUCAAUUUUUGUAUUUCUAGUUGCGCCAUAAUUUUAUUUUUACAUGAAUUUCAAUUAAAUUCCGUCUUUGGGCGAAAAUGACGACAAAAGUACACAUAAAGAAAGAAGAAGGUUUCGUCGAAGCUGGUUGGAAAUUAAAUGCAGACGAUGAAGCUUGCUAUAUUGAUGCUUUAGAAGAGCCUUACGAUCCAAACAAAGAGUACUCUCAAUGGGAUGAACUGCCAGAUUUGCUCCUCGAGGAGAUUUUUUCUUAUCUGACUGUGCAAGAACGAUACUAUGCGAGUCUUGUUUGUUCAAGAUGGUAUGAAGCCUUUUACUUGCCCGGUGUCUGGAAGAACUUCAUAGUGAAGGACAAGACUCUGACACGACAAAAAUACAAUUAUUACAGCGGUUGGCAGAACGUUUUGGAUCAUCUCAAGUGUCAGCAAUGUUUCACGCGCAUCGGCAGAUUCAUCAAAGGUCUCACAUUUCGUCCCGAAUACAACUUUAACAACUUAUUUCAGUUCAUUUCGUUGCUUUCGUGGUGCAUGGAGCAAAAAAUUGAUGCGCAUACAGGACAAGAGGAUUACGUCGGGAUCGGAUCUCGCAUCAGAAAGUUGGAUUAUUUGUUCCCCUGCAACAUGUCCUACUCCGAAGACCCGGAAUCUAUCAAACUUUUCGGCACGGGAGGCUCAAUGCUUGUCAGUUUGAAGCGUUUCAUGUCAAAUAUUCGCUGUUUGCGUGUUUUGAAGUUGACGGACCUCAUGCUUGAACGAUUCGAAGCGAAACAUUUGCUUGACGAGGUUCUGGAAAAGAACGCGAUGAACUUGAAAAUUUUGAAUUUAGUGAAUGUGACGUCGAUGCAUUGUCCCAUUAUGCAUGUUGGGGUGUUUCUGAACUUGCAAGUGCUGGAAAUUUCACCGCAAAAUAUCGACGAUGAUAUUUUAAUGCUGAUUUCCGAUGGAAAUUUGAAACAUUUGUGUUUGCAUCAGAAUCGAUACUCGCCGGCGGGAGAUGGCAUCAGUUCGUGCAGUGCAAAGGCGUGGGAAGGCGUGAAAAAAGGAAAUCCAAAGUUGAAAGUUCAUCUGAGUAUCGAUUCGGAUUCAGCAGAUGCGGAAAUUGUGCUGCAAGUGAAUGCGCCCGUUUAUUCUGUGAUUUAUUCGACGCCAAAUACGAAGAUAACAGCAACAAAAGUCGUUCGCAUAAUCGACUCUUACAGCAAAACGCUUCAAAUUUACGGCUUCAAAAGCAGUUUGCAGAACCCAAAAAUGGAUUUUAACUCUCGCAUUGACAGUUUAGUCGUUCUCACGUGUCGUACUUGCCCCUAUUUGCGCCAUUUGGUGAUCAACGAGCCCGUUUCCUCCGCCACAAUGCUUCUUGCCGCACAUACAGCUACAAAUUUGGAACGAAUCUACGCCCGUAAAAGCAAUAUUUUGUUAAAAUGUGAUUGGCCCAAGAAUCCCGAUUGGACCGAGGAGUUUUACGAAUGGCUAAAAUCAUCAUGUAACAAAAUCGAGACGACAGAAAAGGAAAUUUCUCAAAUAUUGGGUUAUGAUUUCGCCUUUUUAUCGAAUGAUGCCUUCGAUCUCUUGGAUUUGGAUGUCAGACGCUUAUAGAAAUAAAUUGAAUUCACAAAUU